AUGUCAGUAGCAUCACAAAUGGACCUGCCUGAAGAAAUUCAGCAUCCAUAUACAAAAUUUUCUGAAUGGAAAUUCAAGUUGUUUAAAGUGAGAUCAUUUGAAAAAACACCUUCUGAUGAUAGCCAGCACAGAAGCAAAGCUCAGGCAGAAGAGGUCACUUCUUCAAACAAAGAAAUCAUACUGCAUAAAGAUGAAGCAGUACCAACAGGAGAAAAGAUGGUCUUAAUGGGCAAUAGGCAGGCACCUGAGAAAAAUACCAAUGACAUGAAAACACAAGACAAUAAAGCUCAUCAGAACAAACUGAAAGAACUUUGCCGCAUAUGUGGAGUUUCAUUUAAAACUGAUUGUUACAAGAGAAGUCAUCCGGUGCAUGGGCCUGUGGAUGAUGAAACUCUGUGGCUUCUGAGAAAGAAAGAGAAAAAAGCAACCUCUUGGCCAGAUCUUAUCACUAAGGUUUUUAAGAUUGAUGUGCGAGGGGAUGUUGAUGCUAUCCAUCCCACUCGAUUUUGUCACAACUGCUGGAGUAUUAUCCAUAGAAAAUUCAGUAAUACUCCAUGUGAAGUAUAUUUUCCUAGGAACAGCACGAUGGAGUGGCAACCCCACUCCCCAAACUGUGAUGUGUGCCACACUACCAGUUGGGGAGUCAAGAGAAAAAGCCAGCCACCCAGUGUACAAUAUAGCAAACGUGUGAAGACCACUGCAGAACAUGCUCGAAUAAACAGAGGCAAAAAGAACCAAGCACAGAUAAACAACAAAAAUUUAAUGAAAGAGGUUGUCAGUUGCAAGAAUAUACAUCUCAGCACCAAGCUGCUUGCAGUUGAUUACCCAGUAGAUUUCAUUAAAUCCAUCUCUUGCCAGAUCUGUGAGCAUAUUUUGGCAGAUCCAGUGGAAACAACAUGUAGACAUUUGUUUUGCAGAACUUGCAUCCUUAAAUGUGUCAAGGUUAUGGGCAGCUAUUGCCCCUCCUGCUGGUAUCCUUGUUUCCCUACUGAUCUGGUAACCCCAGUGAAAUCCUUCCUGAACAUCCUUGAUAGCCUGGGUAUAAGAUGCCCUGUAAAGGAAUGUGAUGAAGAGAUCUUGUAUGGAAAAUAUGGCCAACACCUCUCCAGCCACAAGGAGAUGAAAGAUAAAGAGCUCUACUGCCACAUAAAUAAAGGUGGCCGACCAAGGCAGCAUCUCCUAUCUCUGACCAGGAGAGCUCAGAAACAUCGUCUGAGAGAACUGAAACGUCAAGUCAAAGCUUUUGCUGAGAAAGAAGAGGGCGGUGAUAUAAAGGCUGUAUGCAUGACACUGUUCUUGCUAGCUUUAAGAGCAAAAAAUGAACACAGACAAGCAGAUGAAUUGGAGGCUAUAAUGCAAGGGAGGGGAUCUGGACUUCACCCUGCUGUCUGCCUGGCAAUCCGAGUCAACACAUUUCUCAGCUGUAGCCAAUAUCAUAAAAUGUAUAGAACAGUAAAAGCUGUCACUGGGAGGCAGAUCUUCCAGCCUUUGCAUGCUCUUCGCACUGCUGAGAAAGCCCUCCUACCAGGUUAUCACCCGUUUGAGUGGAAACCUCCCUUGAAAAAUGUAUCCACUAAUACAGAAGUGGGAAUUAUAGAUGGACUAUCAGGAUUGCCACUCUCAAUUGAUGACUACCCAGUAGACACAAUUGCAAAGAGAUUUCGAUAUGAUGCAGCCUUAGUUUGUGCCUUAAAGGACAUGGAGGAGGAGAUCUUGGAAGGCAUGAAAGCAAAAAACCUGGAUGACUACUUGAAUGGUCCCUUCACUGUGGUAGUAAAAGAGUCCUGUGAUGGAAUGGGAGAUGUCAGCGAGAAGCAUGGAAGUGGUCCUGCUGUCCCAGAGAAGGCUGUUCGCUUUUCUUUCACAGUCAUGAACAUUGCUAUAGCCCAUGGGAAUGAAAGCAAGAGGAUCUUUGAAGAAGUAAAGCCCAAUUCAGAGUUGUGUUGCAAGCCCUUGUGCCUUAUGCUGGCUGAUGAAUCGGAUCAUGAAACUCUCACAGCAAUCCUGAGCCCCCUCAUAGCAGAAAGAGAGUCUAUGAAAAACAGUGAACUGUUACUUGAAAUGGGAGGCAUCCUGAGAACAUUCAAAUUCAUCUUUAGGGGCACAGGAUAUGAUGAGAAGCUUGUGCGAGAAGUGGAAGGGCUGGAGGCCUCAGGUUCCACUUACAUUUGUACCUUGUGUGAUGCAACCCGCCUGGAGGCGUCCCAGAAUCUGGUCUUCCACUCCAUAACCAGGAGCCAUGCUGAAAAUCUGGAGCGAUAUGAAAUAUGGAGGUCCAACCCAUAUCACGAAUCUGUUGAUGAGCUCCGUGACAGAGUGAAGGGUGUUUCAGCCAAACCUUUUAUUGAGACUGUUGCCUCCAUAGAUGCAUUGCACUGUGACAUUGGCAAUGCAACAGAAUUUUACAGGAUUUUCCAGAUGGAAAUUGGUGAAGUUUACAAGAAUCCUGAUGUGUCUAAAGAGGAGAGGAAGAGGUGGCAAUUGACUCUUGAUAAACAUCUCAGGAAGAAGAUGAACUUGAAGCCUAUGAUGAGGAUGAGUGGAAAUUUUGCUAGAAAGCUCAUGUCCAAAGAGACAGUAGAGGCAGUAUGUGAAUUGAUAAAGUGUGAGGAAAGGCAUAAAGCCCUAAAAGAACUAAUGGACCUUUAUCUGAAGAUGAAGCCAGUGUGGCGAUCUUCAUGUCCUGCCAAGGAGUGUCCAGAAUUGCUGUGCCAGUAUAGCUACAAUUCACAGCGUUUUGCUGAGCUCCUAUCUACAAAGUUCAAGUACAGAUAUGAAGGCAAGAUUACAAAUUAUUUCCACAAAACCCUUGCUCAUGUUCCUGAAAUCAUUGAAAGAGAUGGGUCCAUUGGUGCCUGGGCAAGUGAAGGAAAUGAGUCUGGAAACAAACUGUUUAGGAGGUUCCGAAAAAUGAAUGCCAGGCAGUCCAAAUGCUAUGAGAUGGAGGAUGUUUUGAAGCAUCACUGGCUAUAUACCUCUAAAUAUCUCCAGAAGUUCAUGAAUGCUCAUAAAACAUUAAAAAGCCAGGGCUUCACGAUUGAUCCAGAGGAUAAUUCAGGUGACUCCUUGCCACUGGAGGUCUCCUUGGAAAGCAAUGAUUCAGCAGAACUCUAA